CAGGCGCAUGCGUCCAAGCUCCCAGCGGCAGCUAAAACGGGGAUUUGUUGCCGGGACAACGACGCCUGCGUUUGUAGUGUGUAUCCACGCCAACGGGCAACAUGGCGUUCGGUGUGACCUCACAAUGCCCGCCGCACCUGACUGGCUCCGAGUAUGGAGGCGGACUGGGCUUCGGGGGCGUUCUCGCUGGUCAUUGGACGAGCCGCGCUGCCGGACCCAGGAGAGGCGCUCAGCGUAGGUUGGUGGUAGAACAAUUGACGCCCCGCAUCAGCCCCACCCAGCGCCCCGCGAGCCCCAGUGCCGCGUGUCGGAUGGCAUCUAACUAUAGAAAAGCUGGCUUGGGUGCUGCCCAGCGGAAGAAAAGUGGAUUGAAACCAGAACUAACUGAAGAACAAAAGCAGGAGAUCAGAGAAGCUUUUGAUUUGUUUGAUACUGAUGGAUCUGGAAGCAUUGAUGUAAAAGAACUGAAGGUAGCAAUGCGUGCUCUAGGCUUUGAGCCAAAGAAAGAAGAAGUUAAAAAAAUGAUAGCAGAUAUCGACAAAGAAGGAAGUGGCACAAUUGAUUUUGAAGACUUUUUGGCCAUGAUGACCCAAAAAAUGAAUGAGAAAGAUUCAAAAGAAGAAAUCUUGAAAGCCUUCAGAUUAUUUGAUGAUGAUGGGACAGGAAAGAUUUCUUUCAAAAAUUUAAAGAGAGUUGCCAAGGAGCUAGGAGAGAAUUUAACAGAUGAAGAAUUGCAGGAAAUGAUUGAUGAAGCUGAUCGAGAUGGAGAUGGAGAAGUAAAUGAGCAAGAAUUUUUGAGAAUCAUGAAGAAGACAAGCCUAUAUUAAUGUUUGCUAUUGCCUUUUCUUAGGGUUGUUUUAAAAGGUGACGUGGAAAAGACUUUAAAAAAUAUUAGCUUGCACCCUUUUUUUGAUGCUUCAUAAUAUAUAAAAAUGUAUUUUUGUUCCAUUUCUUUUUUGGAUAGCGUUUAUUUUAUUUUUUAUGAUAAAAAUGCAAGGCCUAUAUAGCUUGGAAGACUGUGGGUGACAGAAGAACUAGUGAAAUGAGACAUCCCAGGAGUGAAAGCUGAGAAGUAGAGUUAGUCAAACUAAUACUCAGUUUUUUGUUUUUGUUUUUAAAUGUAAUUAAGUUCACUGACUAACACUUUAGAGAAAGGACAUUGUUGGAAACAAAACCCAUCCCCUUCAUUUAAGAUGUGAGAGCCCAUAAUACACAUUUUCUCCAGCAAACCUAGGGAUGAGCAGAGUUGACUUUCUUGAUAUUUCUAAUGCAUUAAAAAUUAAAUUAAAUUACAGGCUGAGUUUGUACUUCCGAAAGAAACAAAGGCACAAGACCAAUAUUUUUGUUUUCUUGUAAGCCUUUCAGGUUUGGUGGCUACCAUGUUUAUUUCUAUUAAGGAAUCAAAAAUCUGUUGCAUAUCCAUCUUUAUUGUUUCUUUACGAAACACCGUUCCUGUGGCCAGUUGCGUUGGGAACCUGUGGCAGGUAUGUGAGUAGCAGAUAGCAAGGCAUUUGGGAUAACAGAAGUUGUAUUGUACAUGGCUCUCUCUAGAUGUUGUUUCAUUUCACAAUCGAAUGAUUGUCUGAAAUCUGGCUUAUCUGAAUUUGUUUUUUCUCAUUUUGUUUAGAUUAUCGAAGUUGUACUAUUUUUUUAUAUAUAUAUAAUCGUCUUCUCCCAGGUACUGAUGUCUGAAGCAUUACUGAGUUUCUACUAUUCUUUUAAGUACUUGGAGUGAAAUUCACCUGUAGGCAACACUGAAGGCCAGGCUGUGUGCACAAGAGUAAAUUUACAACUUUCAUACAAUCUGAUCACACCUUGAUAGUAGAGAAAUAAUUUGUUAUACUACACAGAUGUCAAGAACUAGCAAAUUAAGAGAUUCUAUGCAUAUGGGAGCUGCUUUUUAAUUUUUAUUUUAUAGGAGUACUCAUGUUUUUGAGAAUGUUCAGGUAUUGCCAAUUUCAGCCUAAUUGGCUUCUCAACAUUUCCUUUCUGCACACAAGCAUAUGGCAGCGAGGCUUAACAUGUCAUCUAAGGACAGAAUCCAGAGGGAAUUAUCCCUGAUUCACUGUCAGACAACCAAAUGAAAAGUUGUAAGAAGGCCAUAAAACCUAAACAGUAUCUCUCUUGAUUACAGCUCUUAAAUAGAGCUCAGAAGGGGGAGUGUAACACUUGCAGUUGCUUUUCAGCUGCAAGGCCCCAGCAGGGGAAAGCUAGUCCCAGCUAAGGAAGUGGGGAGAGUUAGUUUAUGUGAACUCUUGAUUUGCAGAUGCAGAGCUGAUAUGUUUUGUUAGAAUCGUUCUAGCUUCGGGCUCUGUACUGAUCUUCCGCUAUAUAAGCUAAGCCACACUUAGCUUAUAUAGAGGUGGGCUCAAAUCCAUGGAUGGCCCUCUGUAUUGAAUAGAGCCCAUAUGAACUAGAACAUUUAUUUUCCCAAGUCAAUGUUAACUUUUUCUACUGCAGUAGAUGUGACCUAUGGUACUGUAAGCUUUUUUAAAAUACAUGUUUCAACUUUGUAUAAAGUGAAAUAAAACAAAUUUGCAAGUAUACUACUUGUGGAGUUGAGUUCAGGAAAUUGAAUGUACUAUCUAAAUAUCACUUUGUUUGAUCUGUGCGUACAGCAAUUCUGGACAAACUUUUUAGUUCUGUAUUUGAUAAGACUUUCCAAAAGAGAAAUGCAUAGUCUCUAAAUGUUCUGUCAAAUAAAACUUUUUUUCCCUGG